AUCAGGUACCGGAUUGUCUGGCUCGACAGCGGGCACUGGGUCACCAGGCAUCAGGUCAUUUGGCUUGCCAGCGGGCACCGCGUCAUCUGGCAAGGCAGUGGGCACCGGGUCACCAGGCAUUGGAUCGUCUGGCUCGACAGCGGGCAUCGGGUCACCAGGUAUGACAGCGGGCACUGGGUCACCAGGCAUCAGGUCAUUUGGCUCGCCAGCGGGGCACCGCGUCAUCUGGCAAGGCAGUGGGCACCGAGUCACCAGUCACCAGGUACGACAGCGGGCUCUGAGUCAAUUGGCACGACAGCGAGCACCGGAUCAUCUGGAUCAACAGCGGGCAUCGAGUCAACUGGCCUAAUAGGAUCAUCAGGCUGGAUCAGUUCAUCAUGCUGGGUAGAGGGCAUCAGGCUGAAUGCCGGCGUCCGGCUGAGUAGAGGCUUCAGGCCGAGUAGUAGAGGCUUCAGGCCGAGUAGAGGCAUCAGGCCGAGUAGAGGAUUCAGGCCGAGUAGAGGAUUCAGGCCGAGUAGAGGCUUCAGGCUGAGUAGAGGCUUCAGGCUGAACCACGGAAGGCAGGCUCACCGGUUUGGAUACUGGCAGGAUGGUAUUGGGUUAAAGGCAGGAUAGGUGCAGCGAGUGGGAAACAGGGUACUGACAUGCGGAGCUGUUGGGAAUACAGGAGAAGAGUUAGAAGCAGGACUGGGUUUUUGUAAGCUGACUGAGGCUGGGUGCAACAAGUCUGUCCAUGUCUGCAGUAGGGGUUGAACAAAGCUG